AUGACGAUGAUGAUGCUGUUGGGUUUGGGGUGUUCUGACAGAAUGCAGCAACGAGGUGGCAGGAGAGGUGGAAGGGCAGAGAGUGUUGGACCGCAUCGAGGCCGGGGCAGGAGGGAUUUGGGUGUGUUGCGGAGGGGUGGGAGGUAUAGUGAUUUGGAUAAUGAUGAUGAUGGUGACAUUGGAUUUGGAUCCUCGAGGGGAAGACGUGGUCGCGGUGGAAAGAUGUCUGGUUUGUCGCAGGGAAGAGGGAGGGAAAGUGAUUUGGAUGACGAUGAGGAUGACGAUGUAGUUGGGUUUGGUGAUUCCAGUGGUAGGGGAUUGAAAAAGUUUGAUUUUGGCUUGUCAGAGGGUGAGGAUGAUGAUGAUGAUGAUGAUGCGGUGGGGGAAGUUGGUGAGGAUGAUGAGCCAUCAGGUUUCGAAGAUGAUCCCUUUGAUGAUGAGGGUGCUAAGGAUAAUGUGAGGGAGAUUGCGGGAAAUAAGUCCGGCUCUUUUGAGUUAGACAAAGAAGAGCCAGCUAAACAGAAGAGAGACACAAGAAGUACUGGAGGUGGUGAUUCUUAUCUGAGCCAGAAGAGGUUUGAUGAAUGCCCACUAUCUCCCUUGACACUUAAAGGUGUUAAGGCUGCUAAUUAUGAACGAAUGACUGCUGUCCAAGAGGCUACUCUUCCUAUUAUACUUCAAGGGAAGGAUGUACUAGCCAAAGCAAGGACAGGAACAGGAAAAACUGUAGCUUUCUUGCUUCCAGCCAUUGAAGUUGUCUCAAAAUUACCACCUGUUGAUCGUGAUCAAAAGAGGCCUCCCAUCAGUGUUGUUGUAGUGUGCCCUACACGUGAGCUUGCUGAUCAGGCUGCUGCAGAAGCUAGCAAGCUUCUUAAAUUCCAUCCAUCAAUUGGGGUGCAGCUUGUAAUAGGUGGCACUAGAAUGGCGCUUGAACAGAAGCGCAUGCAUACCAACCCUUGCCAGAUUCUAGUAGCUACUCCAGGAAGGCUUAGGGAUCAUAUGGAGAACACUCCAGGGUUUGCUACAAGGUUAAUGGGCGUCAAAGUUCUAAUUCUUGAUGAAGCUGAUCGCUUGCUAGAUAUGGGAUUCAGAUCUGAUAUUGAGAAAAUAGUGGCUGCUCUCCCAAAACAGCGUCAAACACUCCUAUUUUCUGCAACAGUUCCAGAUGAGGUUCGCCAAGUAUGUCACAUUGCCAUGAAAAGAGAUCUUGAAUUUGUCAACACUGUUGAAGAAGGAAGUGAGGAAACACAUUCUCAGGUGAAGCAAAUGCAUUUAGUUGCACCACUAGACAAACAAUUCUCUAUCCUAUAUGGUCUUCUAACUGACCAUAUUUCUGAAAAUGUUGACUACAAGGUGAUUGUGUUCUGUACAACAGCAAAAGUAACAAGCCUUGUUGCUGAGCUUCUAUCUGAACUGAAGUUGAAUGUACGUGAGAUCCACUCCAGAAAACCUCAAAGUUACAGAACUAGGAUAUCAAAAGAAUUUAAGGAGUCAAAAGGUCUCAUUCUUGUUAGCUCUGAUGUAUCUGCCCGGGGUGUUGAUUAUCCCAAUGUCACACUAGUUGUGCAGUUGGGGGUGCCAACUGACAGAGAGCAAUAUAUUCAUCGACUUGGUAGAACUGGUCGCAAAGGUAAUGAGGGGGCGGGAGUCUUAUUAUUGGCACCAUGGGAAGAAUAUUUCUUGAGAAGUAUCAAGGACUUACCUCUUACAGAAGCAACACAACCAUUAAUUGACCAGGACAGUAAGAAAAAGGUUGAUAAGGCUCUUGCACAUGUGGAAGUUAAGGACAAGGAAUCCGCUUACCAGGCAUGGCUUGGUUACUACAAUUCAAAUAAGUUCAUCGGGCGUGACAAAUACCAGCUUGUAUCACUUGCCAAUGAGUUCAGUAGAAGUAUGGGUCUCAAUAACCCUCCUGCAGUGCCUAAGCUUGUUCUCAGGAAGAUGGGGCUGAGCAACAUUCCAGGUCUGCGGGCAAAGUAGUCUAAUCUUGGAAGCCAUGUUGGCGCAUAAUCUAACAUUGCCUAUAAAACGGUACCCCUUGGUAGGAGUGGAGCUAGCUUACUAAAACAAGGUUUACACUUUACUACACAAGUGUGAGCUUUCAUAAUACUGUUAUCAUUCUUUUAUUCAGUAAUGUGAGAUCAUGAUAAAGGUGCUGCCGUGUACACAGUACACGGCAUCUGCUUCACUCCUUGUGGUUCAUCACUUUAGGGGAAUGCCAAUUUGGUGUUUGUGUGUUCCCUUGGUCAUAUCUACUUUUAAGUUUUAGUCAUGCAAGUAUGCACUAUGACGAAGAUUUGACUUAUGUAUGCUGUGGGCGAAUGAACAUACAUUAUUAAAUGAUCAGAAGUUGUGUUAA